CGCCCCGCCCCCGCGUCAGCCCCGCCCCCGGCUCAGGUCAGCGGCCCCGCCCCCGAUCCAUUGACAUCGGCGGGAGCGUUGGAUGUAGUUGGGCUGGUUCGGGUUUCGGUUGUGAGUGGGUUAAUGUGAGUGCAGGUGCUGCAGGGCAGCGGUUUGGGCCCGGCGUAGGUCCGGAGUCCGAGCAGCGGAGCCAAGAGUCCGGCGGCACCGGGGUCAAGCGUUCCUGUAGCAGCGGCAGCGGCGCCAUGAGCGAACGGCAGAGCAAUCCGGACGAGGGCCUGCAGGUGGAAGACAAAGUACCUGAAAUUGCAGUAUAAGAGUGGGGAACCUAAAAUAUUUGUUUUAAAAAAGGACUGGAGAAAUUAAGAGAAGUUCUUGGGUAGAGUUACACUAUAGUAACAGCAUGCAAAAUGGAGGACAGGAGCAGGUUCCAGCUUCCACUUCUAUCCUCAAUGGAGAAAUGGAAAGAAUACUUCUAGAUGCUCAACAUGAAUCUGGUCGGACCAGCUCCAGAGGUAGUUCCCACUGUGACAGCCCUCCACGUUCCUUGACUCCACAUCAACCACGCUGUGGUUCAGAGAUGGAUACACACAGCAUUGGAGAAAAAAACAGCUCACAGUCUGAAGAAGAUUAUCUAGAAAGAAAGAGAGAGGUAGAAAAUAUAAUGAAGAAAAAUGCUGACUGGAUAUGGGAUUGGUCAAGCAGACCAGAAAAUAUCCCCCCGAAGGAAUUCCAGUUCAAACACCCAAAGCGUUCUGGGACUCUGAGCAUGAGGAAUACUGGCGUCAUGAAAAAAGGUGGUAUUUUCUCAGCUGAGUUUCUGAAAGUCUUCCUGCCUUCACUGCUCAUCUCCCAUGUACUGGCUGUUGGUUUGGGAAUCUAUAUAGGCCGACGCAUAAGUACCCCAUCCAGUGCUGUCUAAGGAUAUUCCAUUGAAAGUGUUUGUGUGUGAUAAAGUAGCAGAUCCUAUGAAGAAUUCUCUGAGAAGCGGCCAUUGGCUAUGAUGUAGCUACUG